CUUCCAUAAUCUCUAUCUAAGCGUCCCUCUCCCCACUCACCACUCCAACUAACACCCUCAACCGUUCUUCUUCCUCACCAACAUCCCUACUCCACUUCUCCAAAUCAGUAAGCUAGAAUCAAUGGCAUCGUCUUCGGCGGUCGCCAUGUCAUUGCCAAUCACGUCCGCCGCCCACAAGAGGCUGCUGAGCUCCAACGCCUUCUUCAACCCCAUGAAGCUGUCGGUGAAGCCAGCAUCCCCGUCGCUGAAAUCCAACGGCAGGUUCCAGGUCCGUGCGUCGUUCAAGGAGAAAGCCGUCACUGGUCUGACAGCAGUUGCACUGACAGCUGCAAUGGUGAUCCCCGACGUAGCCGAAGCGGCCCAGCCAGGGCUCUCGCCUUCUCUCAAGAACUUCCUCCUCAGCAUCGUCGCUGGUGGCGUCGUGCUUACUGCUCUCAUUGGUGCUGUCAUCGGCGUCGCCAAUUUUGACCCUGUCAAGCGGACCUGAAGAGGAAUUGGGAUAUGAUGCAUGGUGUUUGGUGAUCUUUGUAACUCAUGUUUGUUUGCUGUAGUUGUAACUAUCUCUGUUAUCUGUAAUUUUGGUGGGGAAAGAUGGGAGCUUUGUGAUUUGAACACAGUAAUUCUAAUGCAAAAGAGUGGUUGUUUUGGUUUGUUGAAA